UACCUCCACACAGUAUAACCGAAUAUUUUCACCUUCCAAAUAAUCGGGUCAUUUUAUUGCGAUAACCUACUGGAUAAUCACUGGGAUUAAUUUUUCAUACUUUCCCCAAUCCAGCAGUACACCGAGACUUCAGAAAAUAAAAUUCAGUACGUGUUUAUUGGUGUAAGAAAGCGUCAUAUGGUGAAGUACGCAAUCAUAAUAAUACAUUUUACGGUAGCAAAGCUUUGCGUGGUGCAAAGGCGCAAAGCUUCAGUUGCAUAUCGCCUUAUUUAGUACUGCACGGUCCUACCGUCGAAAAUCCCUGCCGUUUCACUCGCUUUAGUCAAAGGCGCUACAACCUGUAGAUUUUACAUCAUACCGUGUCUGCACACAGUGAAUGCAACAAUGAUGAAGGUGUCAACAGUCAUUCUUGUGCUGUUGUCGGUUGCAGAGGCCAGUUUUACCCAAGAAGGGAGCUGCACAAGCAGUCUUGAUGCGAACAAGGCGAUGAAGCUCACAACAAAGGGAGAUUUGUGGGAUAUGAACUCAGUAAUGCUAGAUGGCAGAAGCGUGGAUUCGGCAGUCCAUGGAAUCGUUCUGCCGACACUUUUCGGAAGUUUCAUGACUCGUGACAAGGGGAAUGAGAGCCUGUCGUCGUUUCGGAGAGGUACAGAAAUACAAACUGGUCGCUCAUUUCCCACACUGAAGAGUAGAGCAUCAUCAACCACCUGUUCAUACAAGCAGAGUGAUGGGUACCGCACAGCAGCGCUUCUAGCGACAAGGAUGCAAACUGCAGGGCAACGAUUGACACGGCAGCGACAGCAUUCUGGAGGAAUGCCAUAUCCAUCAAACUCUGUGGUGACAUUUGAUAGACGCAUACCAUCAUUAAGUCAGAAAAUCGUCAUACUUUAUGCUUUGCUGCUAAAAGUUGCCUUCUUGCUCACAUGUUGUACCUCCGCUUUCCUGAUUCUAAUGUUGCAUGUUCAACUCCUUGUUCGCUCCAAAUACAUCGAGAAUGUUUGGAACCACUGCGUUGAGCGUCUCGUGCUACAUUUUCUGAUAACUUCUCUUUUCAUUCUCGUACUGAACGGGUUAUUUUUUGCCAUUGGGUUCGCAGCGUGGUUCGUCUUCGAAAUCACGGCCCUUAUUUUCCAACACAAGCAUUCAAAGCAUGGUGUUUACAAGUGUAUUUUUGAUUACCCGAUCAAUGUGUUGUGGGUGCUUUUACGGGAGUUGAAAAAGACCCAACAUGUACAGUACCCCCCAUAUGUACAGUCCUCUACGCACACAAGAAAUCGGAGAAAUGGGUAGCAGUCUCUGUUGGCUUUAAAACUAUUGUUACACACAUGUAACAUACCUAGUAAUCAUAAGGAAAACACUUUGUAUGCUUAUGGUAUUGUGUAGGUCUAGUAAGUAGUGGGGUCUAUCAAG